AUGUCCAUCGAGAGCGCCGAGCACAUAAGACGACUGGCUGAAGCGCUCAGGAAGGAGGUUGCCGAGGGUGGGACUGUAGAAGUGGAUCCUGGGUUGGAUUCUUCUCUGGUUCAGAUCGCGACCGUCAUAGGGAAAACUCUGGCAUUGAUCCGGUCCAACAGGUUGAAGCAAAAUGAGAGGUUGAUAGCCGAGCAGAAGGCGGUGAUAGGGAGGAAGGAGGAGUCUCAGGAAACCAGGCUGAUGAAUGAGAAGGCAAAGUCGACCGAGUUGUCAGCUCAGUUGGAAGAGAUGACAGCUCAGUUGGAAGAGAUGACAAAGAUCCCCCACCCCACCCCUCCGUUUGUCAUGUUUCAACACGUCACUCGAGCUCGCUGGCGUCUCUCGUUCCUCCCAGUCUGGGUGUUCCCGACUCCGUCUUCGUCUUGUCUCUUUUCCCCCUUACCGUCAGAUCUCGGACCAUGUGAUCUACAAGAUUCCAGACGCUGA